AUGAAGAACGGGUUUUUGGGGCACUCCACCCCCAUUUUUGGGGCUAAACAAGCCCUUUUGGAGGAGCCGCUGCUGGAGGUGCCCCCGGAGCUGGUGGCCGGCGCGGGUGGCCGAGCUGCGGUGCCGCAGGAGCCGCUGCUGGAGGUGCCCCCGGAGCUGGUGGCCGGCGCGGUGGCCGAGCUGCGGUGCCGCGUGCCCGACUCGUUUUGGGGACAAAAAAGGGGAUUUAGGGAUCCAGGACCCCAUUUUGGGGAUAAAGAAGGGGAUUUAGGGAUCCAGGACCCCAUUUUGGGGAUAAAGAAGGGGUUUCUGGAUAUCCAGACCCCAUUUUUUGGGGAGGAGCCGCUGCUGGAGGUGCCCCCGGAGCUGGUGGCCGGCGCGGUGGCCGAGCUGCGGUGCCGCGUGCCCGACUCACCCCCCAUUUUUUUGCCUAACGCCCCCCUUUUGCCCCCUCCCCGCGCAGAGGAGCCGCUGCUGGAGGUGCCCCCGGAGCUGGUGGCCGGCGCGGUGGCCGAGCUGCGGUGCCGCGUGCCCGACUCGUGCCCCCGGCACCGGCCCCGCGUGCGCUGGGAGGGCGCCCAGGAGCUUCCAGAAGCUUCCGAGCGGGAGUCGCGCGAGGACGCGGCCGGCGCCGGCUCCGUGGUGGCCCGGCUGCGCUUCCGGCCGCGGCGCCAGGACGGUGGCCACCGGGUCACCUGCCAGGUGACGCUGCCCAACGCCAGCCUGGCCUUCGCCGCCGGAGUGGCCCUGGAUGUGCAGUACGAGCCGCAGGUGCUGGAGGUGUCGGGCCCCGGGGAGGCUCUGGAGGGGUCCCCGGUGGAUUUGGGGUGCUGGGCCGAGGGCCGCCCCCCCCCGCUGCUCUCGUGGUUCCGGGGGCCGCAGGUGCUGCGCGAGGAGCCGGGGGCCACCUCGCUGCCGCUGCACCUGGCCCAGGUGAGCCCCGGCGACAGCGGCACCUACACCUGCGUGGCCGAGAACCGGCACGGCCGCCACAACCGGAGCCUCGAGCUGCACGUGGCCUACGCGCCGCGGGCGCCGGUGCUGAACGGCUCGCUGUGGGUGCUGGCCGGGGACCCGCUGAGCCUCACCUGCGGCGCCUCGAGCCACCCCGCGCCCAUCGUGACGCUCGCCCGCGGGCGGCGAGUGGUGGCCACGGCCGUGUACGAGCCCCGCGUGAGCCUGGAGGUGGCGGCGGCCGCGCCCGAGGACGCCGGGGAGUACCUGUGCCGCGCCGAGAGAACCAGCACGGCGAGAGCAGCCUGGCCUUCAACGUCACCGUGGAGUACCCCCCGGUUGCUGCUGCCCGAGUCCCGCUGUGCCCCGGCCGGGGACGGCGCUCGCUGCGUGUGCGCGGCCGUGGCGGUGCCGCCGCCCUCGGUGGCUUUCGAGCUGCCCUCGCUGAACGCCACCGUGGCCGAGGGCCACCGCGACUUCGCCCUGACUGGCCCGGGGGGCUCCGGGGCCGUGUCGGGGGUGCUGACGCUGCGCGGGAGCCUCGAGCCCCGGCUCGCCGUGGUGUGCGCGGCCCGCAACGGGCACGGGGCAGCGCGGGCACAGCUGCGCUUCCACCACCCGGCCGGGCUAGUGUGGGCCAAGGUGGGCCCGGUCGGGGCCGUGGUGGCUUUCGCCGUGGUCAUCGCCCUCGUCUGCUACGUCAGCCAGAGCCGCCGCAAGAAGGCGGCGGGAAGCCCCGAGGUGACCCCGGUGACCCCGGCGGGGGGGGCGCGAGCCGGAGCCACGCCCACUGCAGGCGCGGUGGCUGCGCGGGGCCGUGGGGCGCUGGGCGCUGGGGGUGGGGGAGGGGCCGGGGGCCGCCCCCCGAGCCCGCCCCUCCCCCCAAGAGCCCGCGGGGCCCCCCCGAGGAGCCCCCGGAGUACGCCGAGAUCCGCGUCAAGUGACCACGCCCACCGGGACAACGCCCACCCGGGCCUGGCCACGCCCACCCCCAUCCUGGCCACGCCCACCUGGUCCUGGCCACGCCCACCUGACCCUGACCACGCCCACACCCUCGUGGCCACGCCCACCUGGUACUGGCCACGCCCACUUGUUCCUGGCCACACCCAUCUGCUCUUGACCACGCCCACCCCAUCCUGGCCACGCCCACCUGUUCCUGGCCACGCCCACUCCCUCAUGGCCACGCCCACCCCAAUCGUGGUCACGCCCACUCCCUCCGCUGACCACGCCCACCCCUCCGCUGACCACGCCCACCCCUCCAUUGGCCACGCCCACUCCCUCCUGGCCAUGCUCACCCCUCCACUGGCCACGCCCAUCUUCUUAUGGCCACGCCCACUCCCUCCUGGCCACGCCCACCUGUCAAUGGCCACGCUCAUAUCCUGGCCACGCCCACCUGUCAGUGGCCACGGCCACAUCACCCUGGCCACGCCUACCAUAUUCAGGCCACGCCCACAUCACCCUGGCCACGCCCACUCCCUCCUGGCCACGCCCACCCCGCCCCUCCGGGCAGGCCCCGCCCCCUCCGUCGUUAAUUAUUUAUUGCCCCUCAUUAACGCCCCCCGCCGUGACCUUUGACACCCCCCCCCCCCCCCCCCCCAAUAAACCGGACGUGCCCCAAGGGGCUCCUGGGGCCCAUUUGGGGGGAUUUGGGGGGA